AUGGUGCAGAAACCAAUGGAACAGGAACCAGUGCUACGAGAUAACAGUAGUGAGGAGAGACCAGAUAGAAGAACCCGUAGAGGCCAAAUGGGGAAAGCUCUCAACUACAUUUCACCAGAUCUGCAAGGGGAACAAAUUGUAGUAACAAUUGAAGAGGAAGACAUCAAGAAAAAUCAGAAUUACUGGGCUACUGCAAUUAUUGGGUUCGUUUUGGGUGAGAAUCCAUACUUUAAAUCUAUGGAGAACUAUGUUGAUAAUGUGUGGGAUUUUGUUGAUACUCCUAAGAUACUAUACCACGAUAAGGGUUAUUACAUUUUUAGAUUCGAUUCAAUUGAUGAUAGAAACAAAGUCAUGCAAUCAGGGCCAUAUUUUUUUCAUAAUAAGCCAUUUAUAUUGAAGAAUUGGUCGCUUGAUUUUGUUUUUAACCCAGAGUGCUUGAAUGUUAUUCCGAUUUGGGUAAGAUUUCCAAAUCUACCUGUGGGAUUCUGGUCAACUGAAGCCUUAAGCAAAAUGGCAAGUGGUAUAGGCAAGCCUAUGUAUACAGAUCUCUACACUGCUGAGAUGGAUCGUAUUUCAUAUGCAAGGGUCCUUGUAGAGGCAGAUAUCUCUCAUCCUUUGCCAAAUGACAUUCUACUUCGUACUCCAGUAGGUGUAAUCCAUCAAAGUAUAGAAUAUGAAUGGCAGCCAAAGUUCUGUAUGGAUUGCAUAAAGGUUGGACAUACUACUGAUGAAUGUAGGAAGAAGAAGGAAGAAGGAGAAGCUGGAGAAUAUGAAUUGGGCUACACUGAAGGUACUUUGCCCUUCAAAUAUUUAGGAGUUCCCUUAGCUCCUAAAAAGUUAUCUGUUCAUCAGUGUUGGCCAUUAGUUGAAAAGAUCACUGCAAAAAUAAGUUGCUGGACUUCAAAGCUCUUAUCAUAUGCUGGUAGACUGCAACUCAUCAAGGCAGUCAUGUUUGGGAUGCAGUCAUACUAG